AUGGCGACGACUACGAACACGAAUAACUAUAAGUUCAACCACUCCAUGUUAAGAGUGAAGGACCCUAAAGCAUCCGUCAAAUUCUACGAGUUCCUAGGCAUGAGCCUGGUGAAGCAGCUGCAAUUUCCCGAGGCCAAGUUCGACCUGUACUUCCUGGGGUACGACGCGGCGGCGGCGCACUCGCACGGCAACAGCACGUUCGACCGGCAGGGGCUCGUGGAGCUGACGCACAACUACGGGACGGAGGACGACCCGAACUACAAGGUCAACAACGGCAACGCCGAGCCGCACCGCGGGUUCGGGCAUAUCUGCGUCUCGGUCGAUAAUAUCGCGGCCGCGUGUAAGAGGCUCGAGGACGCCGGGUACGGGUUUCAGAAACGGUUGCAGGAUGGGCGGAUGAAGAAUAUUGCGUUUGCGCUGGAUCCGGAUGGGUAUUGGGUCGAGAUUGUUAGUCAGAGGAAGGGGAGUAAGGGCGCGGAGGACCCGGAGGAGGAGGCGAGUGUGACGGAUGUUGGGACGUAUCGGAUGAACCACACGAUGAUCCGCGUCAAGGAUGCGGAGAAGAGUCUCAAGUGGUACCAGGACGUCCUAGGCAUGAGCCUGUUCCGCACGGUCGAGCAGCCCGCCGCUAAGUUCAACCUGUACUUCCUCGGGUAUCCCGGGACCAAGGGUUUGCCUGAAGACGGGUUCACGGCCGACUAUGAGGGCUUGCUGGAGCUGACGUGGAACUAUGGGACUGAGAAGGACGAGGCGUUUAAGUAUCAUGAUGGAAACGCGGAGCCUCAGGGCUUCGGACAUAUCUGCGUUUCGGUCGAUAACCUCGAUGCGGCGUGCUCGAGAUUCGAGACGCUGAACGUGAACUGGAAGAAGAGGCUUACGGACGGUCGGAUGAAGAACGUCGCCUUCCUGCUUGAUCCCGACGGAUAUUGGGUCGAAGUUGUGCAGAACGAGCGCUUUUCUGGUCAGGAGAACUUCUAA